AGUGGACUCCUGGAUAUGGUUAAUUGCCAAUCGAUUCAUGAGCAAGAGCAGAGCAGAGUGAUCACUCCGAGGCAACAGAAGAAAGUCUUGGUAACCACCGCAACCCAGACCGACCACACUCAACAGAAAGAGUUCGAAGCUGCAGUGGAAGGGGUGGUUAAGAAACACAUGGCGGAGGUGAAUACCAGGUUGGCCGCAAUAGAGGUGACAAUGCAAGCCUUCGUACAGAGAAAGACCGAUAAGGCAAGAAGGAGGUUAUCAGAAGUCCAGCAGGCCGGGUCCAGCAGGGAUUCCCCUUUCCCGGAGGCUGUGGGGGCAGCCAUGAGAAGCCUAACUGGCUAUAGUCCCCACACCUCCAACGACUCCUGGACAGACUACGGCCUUCAAACUUUUCCCUCUCCACCUCCACAAUCCCCUUUCAUCCCCUCGCCACAUCCAUCAUCCACUAUCACCUCUUUACUCCCACCAUCCACCAUCACCUCUCCACCUCCAUCGUCCACCAUCACCUCUCCACCUCCAUCGUCCACCAUCACCUCUCCACCUGCCGCGUCGUCCACCAUCACCUCUGCACCGCCGGCUCAAAACAAUGGCUCUCAGCAGUCCACCCAAAUGGUGUCUGUCGGAAACCCUGCCCGUGGGGUAGCUGUGACGUCCGCCCAGAUGGCCAAAGCCUGGGGCACAAGCUCGACCACCAAUACGGCCAGGGCCAGGGCAAUGGCCGGUUUCCUGUUCAGCACCUCCGAGAUGACAAACAACUCUGUCAACGGCGACGCAGAAAAAGGAUGGGGGAAACUCGAUCAAAACAGGGUGGAAGCCAUCAUUGAGUGGACCACCGAAGUGGCGACGACCAGCCUAACCCGCCAAGCGCUCAUCUCGGCACUAAACGGCAAAUGCCGCAACGUAAGGAACCCGCCCCCCAAAGCAAAGGCGUCCAAAAGUUCUGAGUAGUUCGUUUUACCAAGGAGGUUAAACAAAGUGU